CGAUCAAGAAAAAAACUCUAGAAAAUCAUCUCGCCGUCCCGUCUGCUUUUUGUUAACUAAAAAACCUUCGGCAGCUGUUCCCGAUUGCGGGGAAAUGAUGGCUUCGGUGCGCAUCCCGGAGCAAAAGAUCAUACUGUGUGGCGAGUAUGGUGUGGGGAAAAGCUCAAUAUUCCGUCGGUUUGCAACGAACAACUUCGUAACAUCGACCGACCGGAGGUCCACCCUUGGGCUGGAUCACUUUGGACGGACAUUCAAUGUGGGAGACAAAGAGAUUAAGCUUCAACUGUGGGACACCGGUGGUAUGGAGCGGGUUGCAUCGGUUACCUCUAGCUAUUACAAGUUUGCCGAGGCCGCUAUACUGGUGUUUGCGCUGGACAACGAAUCCUCCUUUCACGCGCUGUCGCAGCACAUGCUGGACGUGGUGACUUAUGCUGAGAAUGCCAAAAUAUUUCUCGUAGGCAAUAAGGUAGACCUAGAAUCUAGCAGUAACGAUCCACCGGUGACGGAUGCGGAUAUGGAAUCGUUUUGCGAGCAGUGCCACAGCCUAAUAAGCGCAACUUACAAAACAUCGUGCAAGACCGGCGAUGGGCUGGAGGAAAUGUUCCGUGACAUUGCGAGCACGCUGGUCGAAUCGAACCGGUCACGAUUGGAGCUGCAGGCGCUGGAAAGCCAUGGUUUCAAGAUCCAUCCUCCGGAUGAAGUGAACGACCCCGGUUGCUUAUGCUAGUGCACUUGUCAUCUUCAUUCGUAUCAUGAUUGUUCGCAUUUUCGAUUGCUCUUACCAGUAGCGGGACAAACGUUAUUUUUAUAACGAUAAUUGGUUUCCCAUACGUUUCCUAUUCAGCGUUCAUAACUCUUUAACGUACAGCCGUCCGUGUGUAAGCUCUAUCGAAAAGCAUUUACAUGAUUUAAUAAACUCGUUGCUGUAGUGACGAGUUGCAUUCCUUUUGCCAAAAAUUGCAGUCUAUUAAACUAACCACGAGUGCUAACCGCAUGCGUAUGCAACCACAAGUAAGUGCCAUCGAAACACCGGUUUACCGGAGCUUUAGGGGAAACACGUCAGGUUAAAAAUGUAAUCGAAAGCUAAUUUAUUAAUAACAUGCGUUCCACUCAUCAUUUAACAAUUCUCGAACAAUCAUGUAAACUGUAAACGGAUACUAAUUUUAAUGGUCGGCAUAAUCAGCUAUAAUUCGUAAUGAUUUCGAUUGCAGGGCUUCUGAUAAGUAGAGCUAGGUACAGCUUUCCUUGUUUUUUCAUUUGAUGUACAUGUAUUUAUCAAUCACAUCACAUCACGUUUGCGUAGGGCUUAGAUAUAAAAUUGAAGCAUUAAGGGAAAGAAGGUAGACGAACCGAAACGUACCGACCCCCAUUGGUCGUGUAAAGUGUGUGUUUGUGAGAUAAAGCUUUUUGAAUAAACUAUUGA